AAUGUGUAGCAGUAGUGAGAUAUAUUUGUCAUGUGUCAAUAAACCAACCUCUGAAUCUUAAAUCAAACAAAUCCAUAAGUAAAUAAAGGAGUGGAUUAGAAUAUACAGGUGAGAGAUGAGGUGUUGAAUUAUUCGGCUAUCGAUUGAGUUGUUUGUGUCCCUGCUGAUCGGCGCCAUGUUGGGAUCAGUUCAGUAGAGACCGAGGGACAGAGGGAAGUGUGGAGUUGACUUUAGUUUAUCUGCAGGUGACUGAACUGUCUCUAUUGUCUACUCCUCGUGUCUCUGUGUGAGUGAGACAGUGAGGGACAUGUCCUCUCCGCGCGUCAGUUCCGCUGUAGCGUGGUUGUGAGUGAUUGAGUUCCCGCAGGCAGGCAGGAGGCAGAAGAGGCAGGAAACCCGGAGCCUCGGCUCUGCUCCGAUCUGCUCCGGAACCAUGUUCUCCAAAAAAACACAUGGAGAUGUACGCAAGUCCACGCAGAAGGUCCUGGACCCCAAGAAGGACGUGCUGACCCGACUAAAACAUCUGCGCAUCGUCAUCGAAAACGCAGAGCCGGCUGAACUGAAACACUUCUUCGACCAGAAUUAUUCUCACAUCUAUUACGUCUUCUUUGAGAACUUCGUCAGUAUUGAAGCAAACUUGAAACAGAAAGGUCAUAAAUCACAAAGGGAAGAGCUCGACUCCAUACUUUUCAUAUUUGAGAAAAUCCUGCAGUUGUUGCCUGAGCGCAUUCACGGGCGAUGGCAGUUUCACAGCAUCGGUCUCAUACUGAAGAAACUCCUGCACACUGGAAACUCCCUGAAGAUACGGAGAGAAGGUGUGCGUCUCUUCCUCCUCUGGCUCCAGGCUCUACAGUAUAACGCUCUGAGAGAGCAGCUGUGGAUCUUCGCCUGUCUGAUCCCAGGAUUCCCCGCUCCUCAGUGUGAACACACACCUCGCACCCUGGAGAGCAUCAUCAACCCCACACUCAUCCUGCAUGAAGCUCAGGUAACUCCUGAAGAGAUCAGCCCUCUGGUUCUGCCACAGUCCGGAGAUAAAGCUCAGGAGGAUCUGACUGGUUACUUCCUGGAGGUGCUACUGAAGUACAUGGUCAACCAGGCUAAGAGUCUGGAGUGGAGGUGCCGAGAGAAUCAUGAGAAGGGUUUUGCGUUCCUCUUCGCCAAUUUUAAGAAGUUUUAUCUUCCACACAUCUUCCCAAACUUCUCCAAAGAGACCAGCUUGUACGCCCCCAUUCUGGACAUUCCCCCGAUGAGGCCGAAGCCGUGCUACGUGGUGGUUAAAAGAGACCCCGACACUAACGAGGCUUUGUACUGCACUAAAGAGAGCUUCCUGAACGCACGGGUCAUCUUCAUCCGCUGGCUAGUCUCCUUCUGGCUGGAACCCAAAUCCAACAUGCUGACCAGCAUCCCCGGGGUGGAGGGUGAGAACGUGCCCAAGAACAUCCAGAGAGCAGCUGCAGGUCUGGCCCUGCGUUCAGAAGAAGGUUGUGCUCGAUCUGCAGUUCUGGAUGGAGGUGGAGGAGGAGACUCAGAGCAGUCUCACUCGAACACCAGCACUCUGACCGAGAGAGAGCCAAGCUCGUCCAGCCUCUGCAGCAUGGACGGAGAAAACCUCAGUGCUGUAGAGGUGGUGAAGAAUGUUCUGUACUCCUCCAGGACCAACGUGAACUUCAUCACAGAGAUCUUCAGACAGGCAUUCUUGUUGCCAAUGUGUGAGGCAGCAGCGAUGCGUAAGGUGGUGCGUGUGUAUCAGGAGUGGAUCUCUCAGGAGGAAAAGCCUCCAUUUAUGGCAGAACCAGAUGAGGAUGAGCGCUACCUCGACCAACAGGAACCGGUUCUAGGACACGGCCCGGAGAACCACAAUGAGGAGAGAGUGAUGAAGAACAGUGACAUGUUGGAGUACAGUGUACAUGCAGGAUUCCAGGCCACGCUACAGGUGUUCAUCAUCAACUCCUCCAACGUUUUCCUUUUGGAGCCAGCAAACGAGCUGAAGCCUCUGCUGGAGGAGCACAUCGACAUGUCCAAGCGCGUCCUCAACAUCUACCGCAGCCUCGUCAUGCACCAGAACAUGGACCAGAAAACAUGGGAGCAGAUCCUGCUGGUGUUGCUGAGAGUGACAGAGUGUGUGAUGAAGAGGCCUCCCUCCAUCAUGCCCCAGGGGAAAAAGAGUAACACGCUGUCUGGACGAUUAGCAGGAGCAAUUUUUCAGACUCUGAUUGUAGCGUGGAUUAAAGGGAACCUGAACGUGUUUAUCUCCCGGGACCUGUGGGAUGAGCUGCUCUCUGUGCUCUCCUCUCUCACCUGCUGGGAGGAACUCGUCACUGAGUGGUCUCUCACCAUGGAGACCCUCACCAAAGUUCUGGCCAGGAACCUGUACAGCCUGGACCUAAACGAGCUGCCACUCGAUAAACUUAGCGAGCAGAAACUCAAGAAACACAAGGGCAAAGGUGGCGCACAUGAGGGACAGAAGAUGGUGGUGGAUCGUUCUUUUUCUAAAGGAUGGAGUCGUGAUCCUCCGGGUCAAACUGUAGCCAUGCGACAGCGCAGCGCCACCACCGCUGGCUCUCCGGGCAUCGAGAAGGCCAGGAGCAUCGUCAGGCAGAAGACCAUCGCGUUGCGUAGCCGCUCGACGGGUGACAGUCUGUUAUCGGCGGCGUUUAUCCGCAGCGCUAAAAGUGCUCCUGUGCUAAUCCACCCUGUGCACCCUCUCCUUCCUGACUCUGUCCUCACUCCCCUAGCUGAUGAGCUGUCAGACAUGGAUGAUCCCCCUCCGUCUCUCCGAGCCCCUCGUGCGCGUCACUCGUCUCAGAGCGAGGAGAGUCCAGCAGGCGAGGUGUUCUGUGUCUCGACCGAAGCGGAUCAGACGCCGCUCCCACGCAGCAGCAGCACCUCUGACAUCAUGGAGCCGCUCGUGAAAGGUGCACUUCCUGUUUCUGACACUCCCUCUCACACUGACCCCACCCACUGCCCCUCCCAUAGCCCUGCCCACUCCCUCGAUGCGGUCGAUAGCAUCUACGAGCACCUGUGCCAGGUACCAGAGCCUCAGCUCUCAUUCGUGCCUGAUUGGACGUUUCUGGAGGCCACACCCAUUUUACCCGAGGGAGGAGAGAGAGAGGAUGACCUCACUGUGGAGGGGGCGGAGCCAAGGCCUGCAGAGAUGGAGGAGGAGUUUGAGCCCGAGCUGGGCGAUCAGAGUUUCUAUGAGUGUUUAGAGCAGUGCGAGGCAGAGCAAGCGACCAAUCAGAAACCGUUAUGUAGGCAAGAUGCAACGGAGCACCUGACCGAGGUGGACUCCGCCCAACAUGCUGGGUUCCGCCCUCGAACUAAAAAGCGUCCAGGAGGUGGCGUCCACGUCACUUUCCGCCCCUCUACAGAGUCGGUGCACUUUCUGAACCCUCUAGAUCCCAAAGAAGCUCACUGGAAAAGUCGACUUCGGCGCCUAGGGCACUUCAGUGCGCACUCGCACCCCGGGGCGGGGCCGGCGACUAAGCUCAGAGAGUCGUCCGAGGAGGGAGAAGGCAUGCGCUCCCGCCAGCAGGGUGCGCUGUUAGGUGGCGUUUAUAAAUCCGUGGCUCACGCACUCUCCAAACCGAAGAGCCACGGGAAAAGCGCUGCCUCGGACGCGCACCUGAAGGACCUGUACUCGCAUUUUAUCGGCUAUUUUGGAAGAAAAGCUCCAGCCAGUAAAGAUGACCUCACCCAGAAGAUGCGCCCGGUGUCGAGUGAGGCGGAGAGCAGUAACCCCAACGUCAGUGAUCUGAUGGACGAGUUUAUCCAGGAGCGCCUGAGAGCCGGAGGAACCUCGGGCAUGGUGAGACGGGGCAGUAGUCCGGGCAGUUUGGAGAUUCCUAAGGAUUUUCCGGAUGUGUUGACCCGCUCAAACCCCACUCGCCCUGCUGAUGACCCGGGCGUUCCCUCUGAGUGGACUUCACCUGCCAGUGCCAGCGGAAGUGACAUCAUCAGCUCCGACAGCCAAUCAGAUUCUUUCAAUGCUUUUCAGUAUGACAACAAGUUUGAGAAUUUCAGCUUUGCCUCUGAGGUGUGUACAGCAGCCUGUAUGGAGCAGGAGAGUGUGUGUUUGUCAGCGCAUGUAGUGGAUGAACAGGAUCACUCCAGUCUUACUACACUGCACAUCGACUCUGAGACCAGCAGCCUGAGUCAACACGGCCUUUCAGCAGAUACACUCACCAUCACAGGUUCAGGAAGUGCGUCUCCAGUCCACUCUCGCUCACACACUCCAUCUCCUGCUACACUCACAACUGAACACAAAGAUCUGCAGCUGGAUGAGAAACUCCAUCACGCCGUCCUGCAGACCCCCGACGACCUGGAGACGAGUGAGUUCCCCACGGAGGACUGCAGCGUGAUGGCCGGUGGUUCGCUCACUGGAUGGCAUGCUGAUGUUGCCACGGUGAUGUGGAGACGGAUGCUCGGCAUUCUGGGAGAUGUGAACACUAUCAAAGACCCUGAGAUUCACGCACAGGUGUUUGAUUACCUCUGUGAGCUCUGGCAGAACCUGGCAAAGAUUCGUGAUAAUCUUGGAAUCUCCAUUGACAAUCAGUCGUCUCCUCCUCCUCCGGACCUGAUUCCCCCACUGAGAAUCCUCACACCCUGGCUUUUUAAAGCCACCAUGUUGUCAGAGAAGUAUAAACAGGGGAAACUGCAUGCAUACAAAUUGAUCUGUAAGAUCAUGAAGAGGAGACAAGACGUCUCUCCCAACUCUGACUUCCUCACACACUUCUACAACAUCAUGCACUGCGGCCUGCUGCACCACGACCAGGACAUUGUAAACACCAUUAUCAAACACUGCUCGCCCCGUUUCUUCUCCAUCGGACUGCCUGGAGCCACCAUGCUCAUCCUCAACUUCAUCGCAGCAGCUAGCAGAGUGACGGCCUGCUCCUCUCUCAAUGCUCCGAGGGUGGAGGCUCAGAUCUUGUUGGGGUCUCUGGUGUGUUUUCCGAACCUGUAUGAGGAGCUUCCUGCUCUCCACCCCACCACCGCUGACGUCAUCCUGACCAAAUUUAAGGACGUCAAGGAGCACAUUAUUAAACACAUCCUAACCUCUGCAAGAGAUGAGCCGUCUGCCCCUGCCAGGUGUGUAGCUCUGUGUAGUUUAGGUAUAUGGCUGUGUGAAGAACUCGUCCAUGGCACACGACACCCGCAGAUUAAAGAAGCUCUGAACGUCAUCUGUGUCACUCUGAAGUUCCCUAAUAAAACCGUAGCUCUGGUGGCUUCAGACAUCCUGCACCUCCUCAUCAACUACGUCGACCAUCUGCAGAAGUUCCCCCCUGACACGCCGAAGAAAAUCGUGGAGAUCCUCAUUGCAACCAUCACCUACCUGCUGCCUACUACUGAGUCUUCUCCUCACGAGCUAGACAAGAGGCUGGUAGUGUCCCUCCUGCUGUGUUUGUUAGACUGGGUCAUGGCUCUUCCUCCGAAAACUCUGCUGCAGCCGAUUCAGACUCUCUCACAGGACAAAGACAAAUCAGACAACACCAUCCUUAGUGCCAUCUACAAGAUGCUACACGGCUGUGUGUACGGAGCUCAGAGUUUCAGUAAUCCUCGUUACUUCCCUCUGAAUCUUUCUGACCUCAGCAGUUCGACCUUUGACCCCUUCCUUGUGCUGGAGGGUCUGAAGGAGCCUGAGCCUCUGCACUCCCCCGACUCAGAGCGCUCGUCUAAAAUACAGCCGGUCACUGAGGUGAGAAGUCGUAUGCAGCAGGGUCUGAUCUCCAUCGCGGCUCGGACUCUGGUGUCUCACCUGUUGAAUCAUCUGUCUCACUUCCCGCUGGGAGCAGGAGGUCCGGCCGCUCUGACCAGCCAGGUGUGUGAGAAUCAGGACAAUCCAUACUGCCAGAGCGCUGAUCUCGUCCCCGAGCUCUUCCACACACCCAACCUGCAGUUCUUCGUCCUGAACGGAUCGACGCUGCUCUCCUGCCUCCAGAUCCGCUCGGACGAUAGCAUGGCCGCCGGUCUGCUCGCCCCAGACGCCUGCGUUCGCCUCGUCGUCAGGGACAUUUCCGGUAAGCACUCGUGGGAUUCGGUUGUGCUGUACGGGCCGCCUCAGUGCGCUCCUCAGAGCCGAACUCUGCGCUCGCACGCCUCCUCCGGUUCCCCAGGGGGCGACGGAGAGCACACCGAGGACCGAGACUCCAUCGAACAGGAUGAGAAGGACGAGCUCUCGGAAAAUAAGGACGUGGAAAAAGAAGACGAGGAUGAAGAAGAAGAGGAGGAGGAGAUGCUUUUGGAGACAAUGGCGCCGUUGGCGAAGAGGCGAUGCCGUGAAGUGAUUCCGAGUUGGGAUUCUCUGCAGGACGGGGAAGACAUGUUGGAUGAGGUGCUGCAGUAUUUGGGUUCUUCAAGCCCAGAGUGUCUCCAGAGAACCGGAAUGCCGCUAAACAUCCCGGCUCCACCCCCCUGCUGCGUGUCGGAAAAACAGGAGAACGACGUGAUCAACGCCAUCCUGAAGCAGAGCGCGGAGGAGAGCGACUUCGCCUCAAAACACGGGAACGACAUCCACAUGAAGGCCAUGGAGCAGCCGGAGCCCUCGGCCCAGAAACCCCAAUCCGCCUUCUACUACUGCAGACUCCUGCUCAACAUCCUGGGCAUGAACUCCUGGGAGAAGAGGAGCAGCUUCCAUCUGCUGAAGAAGAACGAGAAGCUGCUGAGGGAGCUGAAGAACCUCGACUCCAGACAGUGCCGUGAAACGCACAAGAUCGCUGUGUUUUAUGUGGCCGAGGGACAAGAGGACAAACACUCCAUCUUGUCCAACACCAGUGGCAGUCAGGCCUACGAGGACUUCGUGUCUGGACUUGGAUGGGAGGUGAACCUGACGAGUCACUGUGGCUUCAUGGGAGGUCUCCAGAGGAAUAAGAGUACGGGUUUGACCAUGCCAUAUUUCGCCACGUCCACUGUGGAGGUCAUGUUCCACGUGUCUACUCGCAUGCCACCUGACUCAGAUGACUCGCUCACCAAAAAGUUAAGGCACCUGGGGAAUGACGAGGUCCACAUUGUGUGGUCGGAACACACUCGGGACUACAGGAGAGGAAUAAUCCCUACAGAGUUCGGAGACGUCCUUAUCAUCAUCUACCCCAUGAAGAACCACAUGUACAGUAUCCAGAUCAUCAAGAAACCAGAGGUGCCGUUCUUCGGGCCACUGUUUGAUGGCGCUAUAGUAGACAGUAAGAUUUUACCCACGAUGGUUCGAGCAACAGCCAUCAACGCCAGCCGUGCUCUUAAAUCCCUCAUCGCUCUCUACCAGAACUUUUAUGAGGAGCGAGCUCGGUAUCUGGAGUCGAUCGUACAGCAUCACGUGGAGUUCAGCUCGUUUGAGGACUAUGCAGCACGCAUGUUUAGCCCCGCCCCCUUCCACCAGCCGCCCAGCGAAUCAGGUUCCUUCCUGGAGAACCCGCUAUGUGAGAACCCGAGUGUGCCGCUGGACCCUGCUGAUUUAUCUUCACCCAUCUCUCCUCGAGCCAGCAAGAGCCGCAUGUCCAUGAAGCUCCGACGCUCGUCUGGAUCGGCUAACAAGACCUGAACACACACACACACACACACACACACACACACACACACACACACACACACAUUAAUCACAAAAACAAAUCUGCACACUUUAUUACACUGCUCACACACACACACACACACGCACACGUCAUAAUGUGCUGAUUGUUUGUAAGAUACAUUGCGAUAAAUCGUUGUUUUUGCCAAGAGGUUACUGAGGAACCUGUUGCUAUGGUAGCAGCGAUGCCUGGUGAAGCGUCGUCGUACCGAUCCUGCUUCUGAUCUAACGUGUUCCUGAGAUCAGACCCGCUGUGGAUCCUGCAGCGAUCACAUCAGUCUGCACAUUUCCCUCACUUCAGUUACUGAUGUGCAGUUACAUAGUGCACUUCGCCUUGUGGAAUGAAACACAGCCGCUUCCUUCUGUUACUCCAGUCUUUUUUUAUUGCCAUUUUUUAUUGUUGUUUUUUUUUUUUUUAUCUGAUCAUAAAACACUACUGUUCUCUUCUGCUCUCCGAACACGACCUCCUGUUUACCACAGACACACUCAAUCAGUCUGAGAACUCCGAGAUACCGAUCUAACAAGUAAUGCAAGCUCAUGGCCGCCACUUUAGCAUGAUGCACUUACGUGUGUGUGUGUGUGUGUGUGUGUGUGUGUGUGUGUGUCUGUGUCUGUGUCUGUGUGUGUGUGUGUGUGUGUGUAUAUCAGUGUAGGAUCAGACGUUGGGAGAGAAAAAAGUCUGAAUAUUAUGGGGCUAAAAUUGUCUUUAUUUUCAUAGAAAGAAAAGGACUUUGACUUUGAGAAAGGCCUGAGUGUGAUGUCUAGACGACUGGGUCAGAGCGUCUCCAAACAGAUCUUAGAAUUAGUAGAAUAUUCCUGAUAUCCACAUAAAGUGUUCCUAAGAAGAAAACUCAUUUAGGUGGAAUUAAUGACGGUUUCAUGGGCGCUCAAUGCUCAGGCUAAUCGUCUGGUCUGAUCGCACAGAACUGAGAGGCGAUGCUGAUCCCCUUUACACCACCCAAAGCUCCUCAAAUAGACGUGAACAUGGAGCACAGUGCCGUGAAAGAAGGUGGCCUGAUCUGAUAGGGUUUUUUUUUUUUAAUCAUGUGGAGGCCAGGUGCAUGCAUGUGUCUCUUACGUGGAGAAGAAAGGUUACCAGGACAUACUAAGGAAAGAAUGUAAACAAGCGGAGAUCCAGAUCUCACUCCAAUUGAGCAUCACACACAUCCGAUACAGAAACGCAUCAGCUUACUGAACUCGCUGUUCAUGUCUUGCUGCCAGACACCAUAUCACAUCUUCAGAGGGUUUGUGAAGGCUAGGUCUUGAUGAGUCAGAGCUGUUACAAAAACACAAGGAGGAGCAACUCAAUAUCAGGCAGCUAUGAGCUUGUGUUAGCGUGCUAGCGGUAGUGCGGGAUUGCUCAAGUGUGUUUGGAGUAAACAGUGGAUUGGUUUGUUUCAUUUGAUAAAAUUUUUUCUGUUGUACAGAAGCACUGUGUGUGUGUGUGUGUGUGUGUGUGUGUGUGUGUUAGUUCACUCCUAAUAAUUAUGUGUGUGUUUGUAUAAAAAUGUGAGGAAUGUGUUUGUGUGUGUGAUUGUGAUGGAUGUGUGUGUGUGUGUGUGUGUGUGUGUGUGUGUGUAAUGAUUGUGAUGGAUGUGUAUAGUUGAGAGCAGAAUCUGGUCUAUGUAUAUAACAGUAUUUAAAAACGAUCAAAACAAAACGAGCCUCGAGUUCGCUGCUGAAGCUUCACAAACACACACACACACACACACACACACUGUGCAGACAGGUGAAUUUUCAUGUUAAUGUGUGAGAUGUCAGGUGUAGUGUUCCCUCACACUGAUACACACUUUUACACACGUGAGCUGAUGAUUUUUGCAGAGAUAAAAGUAAAAGCCGACAGCAUCACCAUGGGCCACCCCACCCCCACCCCCCUUUAAAGCUCUUUUUUUUUUUUAUUUAAACAAAUUACUGAAAGUAUUGUUUAAUUUUGUUUUGGGUUCCUGAAAGUGGGUUUUUUUUGUUGUUGUUGUUGUUGAUUUUUACUUUUUUCCCCUGACGCUCACAUCAACAUUGCUGACAUUUUACAUUUUCAACAGCUGUUAGCCAUUAGCAUGCUGACCAGCUAGCAAAUUCGAUCAUCAUAGUCAAAAGUUGGAUUGUAACGUUACUAUGGCGACUAAUUUGUAUAGUGGAUGUGAUUGGAGAAUAUUUUCAUGUAGCCACACCCCUCAAUCCUUAUUUCCAUAUGGAGGUUCUGUAGAAGUUCAACGGUUAAAAUGUGAGUUUCUGUAAAAUCUAUAUAGAUUAGUAGAUUCGUGUACAGGACGGAGAUGGUUUUAUAUCAGAAAGCUGAAACGUGUGCACGCUGGAACGUGGACGUGUGAGAUGCUGCUGUACGUUAGUGUAGAGAGAGAUCGUUGCAUGAGGCAUAUGAUACCUGCAUGUGCUAGGACACAACCCCCAACACACACACACACACACACACACACACACACACACUUAUCUACACGUUUGUAAAGAGGAAAAAUCAGAUGUACAACUUAACACAAAUAAAAAGUAUUCCUCUCA